GGCGGGGGCGGGGCCGAGCGCGUGGGGGCGGAGCUGGGUCGCGCCGGGCCUGGGGCCGAGGCGGCGCGCGGCGCUGACAGCUGAGUCGGCUGGCGGCUUCCCGCCCCCUCGGUGCCCGGCCCCGACCCCGGCCUGCUGGGCCUCGGAGCCAUGAGCCCCGGGCUGCUGCUGCUCCUCGGCAGCGCCGUGCUGGUCGCCUUCGGCCUCUGCUGCACCUUCGUGCACCGCGCUCGCAGCCGCUACGAGCACAUCCCCGGGCCGCCGCGGCCCAGCUUCCUCCUAGGUCACCUGCCCUGCUUCUGGAAGAAGGACGAGGCGUGCGGUCGCGUGCUUCAAGAUGUCUUCUUGGACUGGGCUAAGAAGUACGGCCCAGUCGUGCGGGUCAACGUGUUCCACAAAACCUCGGUCAUCGUCACAAGCCCGGAGUCUGUCAAGAAGUUCCUGAUGUCGACCAAGUACAACAAGGACUCCAAGAUGUACCACGCCAUCCAGACGGUAUUCGGGGAGAGACUCUUCGGCCAAGGCCUGGUGUCCGAGUGUGACUACGAACGGUGGCACAAGCAGCGCAGAGUCAUGGACCUGGCUUUCAGUCGCAGCUCCCUGGUCAGCCUGAUGGAGACGUUCAAUGAGAAGGCCGAGCAGCUGGUGGAGAUCCUGGAGGCCAAAGCGGAUGGGCAGACCCCGGUGUCCAUGCAGGACAUGCUGACCUGCACUGCCAUGGACAUCCUGGCCAAGGCCGCCUUCGGCAUGGAGACCAGCAUGCUGCUGGGCGCACAGAAGCCUCUGUCCCACAAGGUCAAGGUCAUCCUUGAGGGUAUCUCCGCCUCCCGCAACACCCUGGCCAAGUUCCUGCCAGGCCACUGGAGGCAGCUUCGCGAGACGCGGGAGAGCGUGCGGUUCCUGCGCCAGGUGGGCAAGGACUGGGUGCAGCGCCGCAGGGACGCCCUGCAGCGGGGCGAGGACGUCCCGGCCGACAUCCUCACGCAGCUCCUCAAAGCGGAAGAGGGGGCGCAGGACGACGAGGUUCUCCUGGACAACUUCGUCACCUUCUUCAUCGCUGGUCACGAGACCUCAGCCAACCACCUGGCGUUCACGGUGCUGGAGCUGUCCCGCCAGCCCGAGAUCAUGGCCAGGCUGCAGGCUGAGGUGGAUGAGGUCAUCGGCUCCAAGAGGCACCUGGACUAUGAGGACCUGGGGCGACUCCAGUACCUGUCCCAGGUGCUUAAGGAGUCCCUGCGGCUGUACCCGCCGGCGUGGGGCACCUUCCGCCUUCUGGAGGAGGAGACGCUGAUCGACGGGGUGCGGGUCCCCAGCAACACCCCGCUGCUGUUCAGCACCUACGUGAUGGGGCGCAUGGACACCUACUUUGAGGACCCGCUGACCUUCAACCCCGAUCGCUUCAGCCCCAAAGCCCCUAAGCCGCGUUUCACCUACUUCCCCUUCUCGCUGGGCCAUCGGUCCUGCAUCGGGCAGCAGUUCGCGCAGAUGGAGGUCAAGGUGAUCAUGGCCAAGCUGCUGCAGCGGCUGGAGUUCCGCCUGGUGCCCGGGCAGCGCUACGGGCUGCAGGAACAGGCCACGCUGAAGCCGCUGGACCCGGUGCUCUGCACGCUGCAGCCCCGCGCCUGGCGGCCCGCGCCCCCGCCCCCGCCCCCGCCCUGCUGAGGGGCGCGCGCCCGCUC